GCCUAGCAGCGGCUGGGCUGGGCGGGGGCGGACAACCGGGGGCGGUGAUCCGGGCGCGGUGGGGGCGGGGCCCGGAGGCGGGGUUUUUAUGGGGUGGGGCCUUCGGCGGCUAUAAAAGCGGCGGCUGCCCGGCGCCGCGCUCUGUGGUCCUGGUCUGCGCGCCUUUUCCUGUUGCUGCAGUUGUCGCCUUUCUCACCGACACCCGUGCCCCUGCUCUGGUCUGUGGUGUAGCCGGGACCCAGGACCAUGUCGCUUUCACGCUCGGAGGAGAUGCACCGGCUCACGGAAAAUGUCUACAAGACCAUCAUGGAGCAGUUCAACCCCAGCCUCCGCAACUUCAUCGCCAUGGGGAAGAACUAUGAGAAAGCACUGGCAGGUGUCACCUUCGCUGCCAAAGGCUAUUUCGAUGCUCUGGUAAAGAUGGGGGAGCUGGCCAGCGAGAGCCAGGGCUCUAAGGAACUUGGGGACGUCCUCUUCCAGAUGGCCGAAGUCCACCGGCAGAUCCAGAACCAGCUGGAAGAGAUGCUGAAGGCCUUUCACAAUGAGCUGCUCACACAGCUGGAGCAGAAAGUAGAACUGGAUUCCAGGUAUCUGAGUGCUGCGCUGAAGAAAUACCAAACAGAACAGAGGAGCAAAGGGGACGCCCUGGACAAGUGUCAGGCUGAGCUAAAGAAGCUCCGUAAGAAGAGCCAAGGGAGUAAGAACCCUCAGAAGUACUCAGACAAGGAGCUGCAGUACAUCGAUGCCAUCAGCAACAAGCAGGGCGAGCUGGAGAACUACGUGUCUGACGGCUACAAGACAGCACUCACUGAGGAGCGCAGGAGGUUCUGCUUCCUGGUGGAAAAGCAAUGUGCAGUGGCCAAGAACUCCGCUGCCUACCACUCCAAGGGCAAGGAGUUACUAGCCCAGAAGCUGCCUUUGUGGCAGCAAGCCUGUGCUGACCCCAACAAGAUCCCAGACCGUGCUGCCCAGCUGAUGCAGCAGAUGGCCAACAGCAAUGGCUCCAUCCUUCCAAGUGCCCUGUCAGCCUCCAAGUCCAACCUGGUCAUCUCAGACCCCAUUCCCGGGGCCAAGCCCUUGCCAGUGCCGCCGGAACUGGCCCCGUUCGUGGGGUCUCAAAGCAAGCUGAGCGACUCGUACUCCAACACACUCCCCGUGCGCAAGAGCGUGACCCCGAAGAACAGCUAUGCCACCACUGAGAACAAGACACUGCCACGGUCAAGCUCCAUGGCAGCCGGCCUAGAACGUAACGGCCGCAUGCGGGUCAAGGCCAUUUUCUCCCACGCGGCCGGCGACAAUAGCACUCUGCUGAGCUUCAAGGAGGGCGACCUCAUCACGCUGCUAGUGCCCGAGGCCCGAGACGGCUGGCACUAUGGCGAGAGCGAGAAGACCAAGAUGCGGGGCUGGUUCCCCUUCUCCUACACUCGGGUCCUGGACAGCGACGGAAGUGACAGGUUGCACAUGAGCCUGCAGCAGGGUAAGAGCAGCAGCACAGGCAACCUCCUGGACAAGGAUGACCUGGCCCUCCCUCCUCCUGACUAUGGCACGUCCUCCCGGGCAUUCCCCAGUCAGACAGCUGGGACUUUCAAGCAAAGACCCUACAGUGUGGCAGUUCCUGCCUUCUCUCAGGGUCUGGAUGACUACGGGGCACGGUCUGUGAGCAGUGGCAGUGGCACGCUGGUGUCCACAGUGUGAGGACGCUGACCCCAGGCAGCUGCUCUGAAGAGCGCCCCCCAGUCUCCAUCGGUUUCCCUCCUCAGCUCUCGUUGGUUUGUUCUUGGGUUGUUUUCUUUCCCACCCGCUCCUGCCUUUUGGUUGGUGAUCCCAGACUCUGAAAUCCCCCAGGGUCCAUGGUGCUGCUCCCUGCGCCCCUGCGCUCACGCCCCCAGCAAGUGUCCCCAGCCUUGAGCAUUAACUGCCAGGUGGGGGCCUGCUGGCUGAGUGGCAAAGCAGCGUCCUCACCUGCUGCCCUAGCCCUGUGGUGUUCACGACACACAUCCCUUUUCUAAGGCUGGCCAUGAGCCAGGGCUAGAGUUUGAAGAAAAAAAAAAUCUUAAAAAAAGAAAAAAAAAAAAAAGAAAAAAGAAAAACAGGAAAAAGGACUAUUUUUUUUCCUAAAAACAAAAAACAGAUAUGCAUGGACUCCGGUGUACGUACUGUUAUUCUGCAUCACCCCCAGAGUGCUGGCGUCUUCUAGAACAGGACAGGACUUAGGGUCCUGGGGGGGAUCAAGCCCAGGGGCCUUGACCUGCCUCAGGCCCCUUCCAAGGGCUGCACCAGGAAAAGAGGCAUAGGCACUUGGGAGCCUCCUGAGGAAGCUGGCCACUCCUGUGAUGGAGGCUACAGCCCCAGCCAGGCCCUGCCCACCCCACAAGCCAGGCACUAGGCUUCUUCCUCGGCAGAUACUGCUGGGCAGGCGUACGUAGAGCAGAGUGCGGCGUCCCGACACAGGGUGGCGUUACCUCAUGCAGUGCCCUGGUGGGAGCUGGUGGCCAGAGCAGGUGCUGCCCGGCCACAUGCGAACAUUCCAAAGACCUCAAGACCAAGCCCGCCCACCCGUCCACACACACACACUUUUGGGGAAUCGUUUCUAUAACCAGCCUUUGAGAGAGUCGUGGCUACCUGUUGCCCCUGGGCUGCAGAGGGUUCGGCCAGCCUGUCAGGGCCGGGGGGAGAAGCAGGCUCCGGCCCAGUCCCUCCUAAGCACUCUCAUCUUUUGUGUGUCUUGGUAACUUUAGAAACAGGCACACUGGACUCAGUGGCUACUGGUUUUGUCUCUUCACACACUGAAUUCUGGGCAGCGGAGCCCAAGGCCCAGUGGGCUCAGCCCUACAGCUGGCAGAAGCCCCUGGGAAGCCGCGGACGCACCUCUGAUGUGGUUAGCAAAACCCAGCAAGCCUGCUGAGGACUAGGGCGUGGCUGGUCCAGUCUGACAGCAGCAGCAGCUCAGACACAGACAGACCCUGUUUUAUAUUUAAGGAAAACACAGCCAGAGCCUGGACCUGUGUAAAGAACUUUGUGUUGUUCUAAUUUUGCUAAAAGAUUUCAAAUCCAGGGGAUUCCAUGUGCAAUGGAUGAAUGUAGACACAAAACAGCAAACUUGUAAGAUGUAAAGUGCUAAAAAUAUUUUUUUCCUUUUUCCUCUCCUUUUUUUUAAUCUGACCUGUGCCUGUACUGCGUCAACUGUUGGAAUAAAGGCUUUAUUUACUGCA